CCAAGGCGCUCCCCGCCUGUGGGGAUGGGGCACAGGAACCCCCAGGGGAGAAAAGCCGCCGAGCAGCCGGGUGGGGGGAGCAGAGGGGCCCCCCAAUACACGGGCAAAGGGGAGCCCCCUGCCAGGGCUUCCACCCCCCGGGGCACUGCCCGCCAAUCCCAGCGCCGCUCUCAUUCCAGUGCCCCCCGCGUGCCAAUCACAGCACGCGUGUCAUCGCCGCGCUCCGCCCCCCUGCUGGGGGUGCGGGGGUGGGCGCCGAGCAGCGCCCCCUGCUGGGAGGGCCGUGGGGGGAGCAGCGCCCCCUGCUGGAGGAGCCGGGCCGAGCAGCGCCCCCUGCAGGCGGGAGGGGGUAGCGCACUGGCGGGCACGUGCCGCAGAGGAGGAGUCCAGGAGUGUGGCUCCCCGCCCCGAGCCCAGACCAGGAUGGGGCCAGCUCUGCAUCCUCCAGACAGCCCAUCUGCCAGGGGAGAGGCCACUGUCCAGCACCUAGAAGCUGCCCAGCCACUCUCAGGCACUCCCGGGGCCAUCCGGAUGCGCCACCUGCGCCGGGCACAACGCACGCGGCGGGACGGCAUCCUGGAGGAGCUGCUCCGAGCAGAGCGGGCACACCUCCGGGAGGCCCGGGAAUACCGCCAGCAGGUCCUGGCUGAGUUCCGCCGCUCCCGCCGUGACCAGGCACUUUUCCUGGAGGAGGUGCAGGCCGGGAGGGUGGCACUGCAACAGCUGGUGGCAAAGAUAAUGGAGGAGCGGCAGCUGGCCCAAGACAGCUACGAGGAGCUGAGGCAACUGCAGGCCUCCAUCAACACUGCCGUUCAGGAGAGGCUCAGGGUGUCACAGCAGCUCCUAGCCGCCAUCCCCACCCUGGCCGCUCAUGCUGCUGUGCCGCAGCCCAUGCCAGCCCCAGUAUUGGCACCUGGACCCCCUGACCAGCCCAUGUUCCCACCACCAGGGACAGGGCCCAGCUGGGAGCAUUUUGUGUGGCUGGUGGCUCAGGUGGUACCCCAGCAGCCCCCACAGGCCUGCCACAGCCAUCGAGGGGUACUGCUCCUGCCUCCCCACUUCCUGGUCCCAGGCAUAGCUGCAGCAUCUGCCUCUGAGGAGGAGCACCCACUGCCUUCCCCAGAGCAGCCAGGGCCCCAGCCACGACAGCAUGGCUUCCACGCACAGGGUGGUGGCACACAGGGCCAAGGCCAGGCUCAGGGCUGAGGGGUUGCUAAUCUCUGAUUCCCUUCUCCUGCGCCGCCUCCUCCCCUGGUGUUACCUCUGCCCCUAAGGACUGUCUCUUUCCCCCUGGUUCUUGUGUAAAUAGUUGCAGUGUACUUCUGGCUUUGAAUGGCUUUGUGCAAGGAGGGUGGGACUGGGUGAAUGGUGGUGGGGUUGUGUUGGGUAUUGUUGCAAUGUUGAGCUGUUGGUGUUGGGGAAGUUUUGGGGAGAGGGAGGGGAAAUAAAGUUGAUUUUGUUUUCA